CAAAAUAGGACAAAAAAUAAGAGAUACUUUGAUUGUUUUCAUCUAACGUUGCCGGCCAUAAACUGCGACAGCCAUCGAUCGAACUAACCUCGACAACAAGAAAACCAAACAGGAAACUGAAAACAAGAACUCAACAUUUUUGUCCCAAAAGUUCAAAAACCAAAAAAUGGCUGCUGUUUACGAUCGGAUGAAAGAAGUCAAAGAAUUCGAUGAAUCUAAGAUUGGCGUCAAAGGUUUAUCCGACUCCGGCAUCUCAACCAUACCUCGUAUUUUCAUCCACCCGCCGGACAAAAUAUCCGACGUCGCGUCAUCCCCGGACUGCGUCGGAAUCCCUGUGAUUGACCUCUCCCACGUGCAGUCGCCGGAUAAACGGGCCGCGACAGUCGAACAAAUCCGGGAGGCGGCGAGCAGUUGGGGCUUCUUCCAAGUGAUAAACCACGGCAUUCCCUUGACCGUUCUCGACGAAAUAACUGCAGCGAUAAAGGGGUUCCAUGAACAGCCGCAGGAGCUCAAGGCGGCGCACUACGUCCGGGACGAGCACGGCGGCGUUACUUUCUCCAGCAACCACGACUUGUUGAGGUCCCAGGCAGCAACCUGGCACGAUUACGUCUCCGUGUGGCUGGCGCCGGCGGCUGUGGCGCCACCAGCGGAUAGGAUUCCAGCCAUGUACCGCCGCGAAAUUGCAGCAUGGGACAAGCAUGCAGUGGAGCUUGGGGAGAUAGUGGCGGGGCUGCUGUCGGAAGGGUUGGGAUUGGAUCCGAAGAGGCUGAAGGAAUUGUCUUUGUUCGAAACCCGGAUAUUUGGAGGGAUGUUCUACCCAUAUUGUCCGCAACCCGACUUGACGGUGGGCCUUUCGGAUCAUACAGACCCGGGUGUGCUGACCAUUUUGUUGCCAAAUCAAGUAUGGGGUUUGCAAGUGAUGCAUGGGGGAAAAUGGGUGGACGUGAAGCCUCUCCCUGGUGGAUUGAUCUUCAACAUUGGAGACUUUCUUGAGAUUGUGUCCAAUGGGGAGUACAGAAGUGUGCAGCACCGGGUGCUGGCAAACUCGCAUAAAGAACCACGGGUCUCAAUAGUGCAUUGGUUUGAUGUCGGCAAUUGGGGUGAUUCUGAUGAACACGGGCCGUUGCCUGAAUUGAUCUCACAAGAGAAACCUGCUAGGUACCGGAGAUUCACAAAGAAAGAGUAUGUUGAGAACUUUUACAGUAAAGGACUUGACAGCAAAUCUCUGGUGGAAAAGCUCAAAUUGUGAAUACCAGACGAAGUAGCUGUCAAGAAGCAUUUUUAUCUUUGCCCUUUGAUUUUUCUGGUAAAAAUAUUCCGCAGGCCCCAGACUUCACUUGGACCGGAAAAUUUCUCUGUACUGUUGGGUUUCUAGAGUUACCUUUGAAACAAUAAAAUCUUUCUUACUGUUUGAGAAAGAAACAACAAUCUAAACUCGUUUAAUUUUAAGAAGUGAUGAGAUUCAAGCGACAACAACUUCAAUCCAAUGUGAAAUUCACCCAGGCGACGUCUUUUCUUUGGUAAUAAAAUGAUAACAAAUUCACCAACAUAAAGAGGGUUGAACAGAUAAGCCAGGAAGGUAGCAGUUCAAGAAAUCAAACAUGCAUUCUAUUCAAUCUUUCCUUCCCCAAUUUGAAUGGAGUGUGGCGUUUGAUGACCUUGAAAUGAAGAUAAUUUUCCAAUGCAGCCAACAAUGAAAUUUAUCCUUAGUCCGGUCAAUGCGAGACCCAGAUACCCAAUCCCUGAAUCCAGAUGGUCCAAGAAUCAUCUUCACCAUCAGAAGUGAAUCAGUUUAGGAAAUGACUUUCUGAAAGUUCAAAGUUUACGAAGUUGACAGUCAUUUGGUUGCCUCAGUUUCGGCUUGAGUGCCUGGUGUCCAUCCUGUUGAUCCUCCUGCAGGCACCACCACACCUUCUUUCCUCAGAAAAUUUACCUUCACAGAAGCCAGCGUUAGUGUUGAUUUUAGUCCAUUAGGGAUGCGGUUUUUUCCCUCACAAAGCAUGAGUUUAACCUCGUAAAACAUUGUGAAUUUGUGCUCAUGACCAUGGGCACCGCCCAUGAAAAUUAAGUGCAACAAAAUGAAUCCAGCUGAAAAUGUUAGAAGUAUGGCGUAUAAUAGUUAUCUCCCUCUGCAUUCCACGGAAGUAUUGGCACAAUCAGGAUGGCAACAAUGGAUUACAUGUAAGAACAUCAGUUAAAUAAAAUAAUUGGAUAUUUCAGAGUUUGAAGUAAAAGUUUUGGCUUUAUGGAGAACCACUUGUAAUUAGAACGUCCGGAUUUAAGGCAUCCCACUCCCAAUGAACGAGUCAAGUCUUGCAUGGGGCUGUUUAUACACAACAAUGUAACAAAAAGCAAACAUUUCAGAUUCAUAUAAAAGACUCGGCACUAUUACUUGAUCUUGUUUCAGCAAAAUCACUAUCUCAUAAUUGGUCGAUGUCCCACAUAAUCAAACACCAACAUAAUUCUUGUUUAAACUAGUUCGAUGCUAAAUAGGAAGAGUAAAAUA